ACUACUCUCAUUUCAUAACGCAUAUAUUCAUUGUUACACAAACUUGAGAAAAAACAUUUCACAAACUUUUCAUUUGGUUUAUUCUUUUUCUGUGUAUUGUAGUGAUAAUUAUUUGGUAGCGAAACAAUUAUGGCAGAACACCAGCACAACAAGGAUGAGAAUGAGACUACUACUACCACCCCUGGUGGUAAUGAGGGAGCUGUGGAGACCAAGAGCCGAGGCUUUUUUGAUUUCUUGGGGACUACUACUACCACCCCUAGUGGUAAUGAGGGAGCUGGAGAGAGCAAGAGCCGAGGCUACUUUGAUUUCUUGGGGACUACUAAGAAAGAGGAGAAGCCAAAAGAGGAGGAGAUGGCUUCUGAGUUUGAGAAAGUCAGAGUGUCUGAAGAGAAGGAGGAAGAGAAGAAACAUGGUCUCUUGGGGAAGAAGGAAGAAGAGAAAUUCCCUGUUUCUGAAUCUUAUUCUGACCCAAAGCCUGAAGAGGAUUACUACAAGGAGGAGAAGAAAGAAGAAGAGAAGAAACGUGGUCUCUAUCAGAAGAAGGAAGAGGAGGGAGUCCCAGCGUAUGAUGAGUCUCAUUCUCAACCAAAGACUACAGAAGAUUACCACAAGGAGGAGAGGAAGGAAGAAGAGAAGAAACGUGGUCUCUUCCAUAAUAAGGAAGAGGAGAAAGUCUCAGCGUAUGAGCCCCAUUCUCAACCAAAGCCUGGAGAGGAUUACUACAAGGAGGAGAAGAAGGAAGAAGAGAAGAAACGUGGUCUCUUUCAUAAUAAGGAAGAGGAGAAAGUCCCAGCGUAUGAGUCUCAUUCUCAACCAAAGACUGCAGAGGAUUACUACAAGGAAGAGAGGAAGGAAGAAGAGAAGAAACGUGGUCUCUUUCACAAUAAGGAAGAGGAGAAAGUCUCAGUGUAUGAGCCCCACAAGGAGGAGAGGAAGGAAGAAGAGAAGAAACGUGGUCUCUUUCAUAAUAAAGAAGAGGAGAAAGUCUCAGCGUAUGAGUCUCAUUCUCAACCAAAGACUGCAGAGGAUUACUACAAGGAGGAGAGGAAGGAAGAAGAGAAGAAACGUGGUCUCUUUCAUAAUAAGGAAGAGGAGAAAGUCCCAGCGUAUGAGCCUCAUUCUCAAUCAAAGCCUGCAGAUGAUUACUACAAGGAGGAGAGGAAGGAAGAAGAGAAGAAACGUGGUCUCUUCCAUAAUAAGGAUGAGGAGAAAGUCUCAGUCUAUGAGCCUCAUUCUCAACCAAAGCCUGUAGAGGAUUACUACAAGGAGGAGAGGAAGGAAGAAGAGAAGAAACGUGGUCUCUUCCAUAAUAAGGAAGACGAGAAAGUUUCAGUGUAUGAGCCUCAUUCUCAACCAAAGCCUGUAGAGGAUUACUAUAAGGAGGAGAGGAAGGAAGAAGAGAAGAAACGUGGUCUCCUCCAUAAUAAGGAAGACGAGAAAGUUUCAGUGUAUGAGCCUCAUUCUCAACCAAACCCUGUAGAGAUGUACAAGGAGGAGAGGAAGGAAGAAGAGAAGAAACGCGGUCUUUUCCAGAAUAAAGAAGAGAAAGUCUCAGUGUAUGAGUCUCAUUCUCACCCAAAGCCUGUGGAGGAGUACAAGGAAGAGAAGAAGAAGGAAGAAGAGAAGAAACCUGCCCUAUCCGACUUGCUACACCGACCUAACAAGAGCUCUCCUAGCGAUGAGAACGAAGGUGAAGGAGAAGAGCAGAAGAAGAGAAGGGAGGAAAAUAAGGGACUGAAGGAUAAAAUCAAGGAGAAGAUAGGUGGAGGAGACAAGGCAGAAGAGAAGAAGCACGAGGACACCAGCAUCCCAGUUGAGAGGUACGACAAACUACCAGUCCCACAGGCACCAUCGGCAGAGCCAGCUCAUGCUGAAGAAAAGAAGGGCUUCCUUGGAAAGAUAAAGGGAAAACUUCCAGGCCAUCACAAGAAGCCUGAAGAUGUGCCAUCUUCUCCUCCUUCGGUUGCAGAGUAUACCACUUCUGAGCCACCUACUCAUCAUGAAGGCGAUGUGAAGGAGAAGAAGGGCAUUUUGGAGAAGAUCAAGGAGAAGAUCCCUGGUUACCACCCAAAGACUGAGGAAGAGAAGGAGAAAGAGAAAGAGUCUUCUGCCUAUUAAGAACAGCUCGUUGUUAUGUUUACAGGAAUGUAGAUGCUUGUGUGUAUUGUUUGUUAAUUUGAUAUGCUGUUUUUUUUUUAACACAUAAAAAAUACUUUGUAUAAGCGCUUUUCAGGUGCUUAUAUGUAAGUUUUGUAAAAGAAAGAAAAGUUCUUAUUUGCUUUUUGUUUUUAAUUAAAAAGUAUUUGCGAGUUAUGUAUAUAUAUGUAAUGUUAUUUAUUGGACUGGUUAGCUACAAUGUUUUUGUUUGUAACUUAAUUUGUAUGCUUUGUGUCAAUGGUGGAAAGAGGAAGGGGGUAAAGAGAAAGAAGAAGCUUUUAAUUA